UGUUAAAUAACACAAGCCCGCACAAAUACUUGUUGCGGAAUUUAUUUUUUAUGCUGCGUAAAUUGAAUGUGAAAUGUGUGUAUAAACUAUCCAAAUGUUAAUAAACACGUGAGAAAAUGAUAACAUUCGGCGGUGGGAACAAUUCCACAGCGUUAGAAGAUACAGGGGAAGUGAGAAGUAUCUGCGAGAGUGUGUGCAGCGAUGGGUCCAGCGCGACCGUGCAGCCCGGGGGCUCCAACCAGCGGCCUCGGAUGGAUAUAGCAUGUGUUUUGGAUGUAACCCAAACAUUGAAUCUUGCUCAUAGGAAAAGAGCUCUAGAAGAAGUUCGAUUGGCAUCUGAACUGGUCAAUGCCAAUUUGCAUCAUAUACAUUUUGAAAAGCUCGACUUCGGUGAGACAAAUGUGCUGGACACGUUCUACAAUGCUGAUGUGGCACUGGUGGAUCUCAGCUUGCAGCUGCAGCAGAGUUCAUUGUUGUACCAUCUGGGAGUACGGGAAAGCUUUGACAUGAAGGAAAAUGUUCUGCUGUACAAUGAUGUUGAUGCGGACUCCACGCUCAGGCUUAAGUUAUCUCUUCCGAAUUUCCUGUUCGUGUCAUACAAACUCACGGAUGCUGGUACCUGUGUGACCACCAACCCUGCUGCUACGAAGUUCAAGGGUGAGGAUUCAGCUGAUCCCAAACAGCAUCUGACCUUGAGGUUGAGGAACAUACUUCAAGAUGUUGAGGUCCAGACGAAAGCCCACCUCCAAGAGAAAUUCCUAUCAGACUUACGGAAGGCGCGCGAAACAUACACCGGUAUCGAACUUGCAAACAUGUUACACGCUAUGCGCAGACGCCUCGACGACCCAGCAGUCCUUUCAGGAGAUACCAUACUUAACAUGCUUAUAUCCUACCGUGAAAUACAGGAUUACGAUGCCAUAGUACAUGUGGUAGACGACCUCAAAACCAUAAUGAACAGAAAAAAUUACGUCAACAUGCCUAUAAUAAGGUUCAUGUACGCCUUUGCUAUGAAUCGUCGCAAUAAAGAAGGGGACAGGGAGAAUGCUCUAAAAGUCUGCGUGAAAGCGUUAGAGAAGAAAGAGAAUAGAUUCCCCGAUAUGUUGUGCCUUUGUGGCCGUAUAUACAAGGAUAAAUUCGUCGAAUCUCAACACACGGAUAAGGAAAGCUUGGAUCAUGCUAUACAUUGGUACAGACAGGGUUUCGAAGUGCAGCCAAACGAAUAUGCGGGCAUUAAUUUGGCAACACUACUCGUUAUAGCUGGCAAUGAUUUUAAAAACUCACAGGAAUUACAGCACAUUGGAAUGGUAUUGAAUCAUCUAAUAGGCAAAAAAGGCAGUCUAUCAUCUCUCAAAGACUACUGGGACGUGGCUACCUUCUUCGAAAUAUCAGUACUGGCCCAAGACUAUGUGAAAGCGAUACAGGCAGCAGAAUGUAUGUUCAAACUCAAACCACCGAAUUGGUAUCUCAAGUCUACUAUUGGGAAUAUCGAAUUGAUUGAUAGAUUUAGGAAAAGUGAAGAUAUAUCACCAGAACAGCAAGUAUUUUCUUUCUGGAUGGAAUACUUCGUAGAGGCAACUAAAAGUGAAUGUGAAAAUAUUAUUAGGUUUCCUGUGUUAAUAUUAGAAACAACAAAAGAAUACAUACCGUCUUACGUAAAUGUGAACAUGGGUGCGGAACAAAAAUCCGUAGAAAUUCUCAACUUGUGCUUAGAAUCUAUGCGGGGCCAGUGUCGACGAGUACAUCGGUGGCUUUUCACUUCCGAUAUGAUUAGGAGCUACAGUUUAUACAAACGCGAUGAGCGUUGCCUCUUUCUGUACGUGAGCGAGAAUUCUGACGACUUUCAAAUCUUUCUGCCGUCUCAAGCGUGUCGACAGCGCUUACAUGAUCUUUUAGGAGAACUGACGGCAGACCAUGAGAAGGUCACUGAUUUGGAUACCAGUGUCAUGCAAGAUCAAUUAAAGUUCGAAUACGAGCUAGACGACAACAACAAACGCGUGGUCCUAGGCAAAGGUACCUACGGCGUAGUGUACGCCGCUCGGGACCUCAACACACAGGUCCGCAUCGCCGUCAAGGAGAUCCCCGAGCGCAACCUCGGCGACGUGCAGCCGCUGCACGAGGAGAUCCUGCUGCACUCGCAGCUGCGGCACAGGAACAUUGUGCAGUAUUUAGGUUCAAUAUCAGAAGACAACUACUUCAAAAUAUUCAUGGAGCAAGUACCUGGAGGUUCGUUGUCCGCACUGCUUCGGUCCAAGUGGGGCCCGCUCAAAGAGAAUGAAGCCACCAUAGCUUAUUAUACCAAACAAAUAUUAGAAGGAUUAAAAUACCUACACGACCAAAAAAUUGUUCACCGCGACAUAAAAGGCGACAAUGUCCUAGUGAAUACAUACAGUGGAGUUGUAAAGAUAUCGGAUUUCGGUACUUCAAAGCGUCUAGCUGGGUUGUGCCCUUCGACGGAAACUUUCGCGGGAACAUUGCAGUACAUGGCUCCUGAAGUUAUUGAUAAGGGACAGAGAGGGUAUGGAGCGCCGGCUGAUAUUUGGUCACUGGGUUGCACAGUGGUUGAAAUGGCGACGGGAAAUCCGCCGUUCAUUGAAUUAGGCUCACCUCAGGCAGCUGUUUUCAAGGUGGGUUACUACAAGAUGCACCCAGAGAUUCCAAGCGAACUAUCAGCCAAAGCAAAGAACUUUAUACUGCGAUGCUUCAUACCGGAGCCCGAACAACGUGCUACGGCCGCCGAACUGUUAGAAGAUCCCUUCUUAUGCGAAAAGAAAAAGCCUUCAAGUCGUCUUGGCAGUAAUAUGGAUUAUAGUCGGAGCAUUUCAGUGCCUGCGGACAAGGCCCGCCCAGUUACAGCUCAGAAGAAAAUAUCCGAAUCAAGCAUACCUUGUAAUCUGCCUAGCUCCCCAGAAAUCGAGGUGAAAACGAUCCGGUCUAAUCCAACAAUCACUAGGACUGCGUCGUCGAUGCUAUCACCAAUACUGAUUUACCCACCGGACUUGUCGAAUAGCAGUACUAUGCCCAACACGCCGUCUACUGAUGAAAUGGAGGGCAGCGAUACGCUUCUAAAUCGUAGAAGUUCAUCUGGUGGCCUGCUUUCUCCAGAAGUGGAUAUGCCAAAUGCGUCUCGUUGUUCAAUAGACGGUCCCGAACACGAUGGCUUCUACCUUCUAAAGAAGGACUCUCAACGAAGACUGACCCUGUCUCGCGUAUUGGAACAAGACUCAGAGAAAAUUUGUUCCAAAUGGAUGCUCAGUAUACACCAGGACUUUGGCACUACUGUGCUUACAAUGACCCACCUCGAAAUGCUCCGCUGUGCCCUCAAAGAGUACAUAAUGGAUCAAAACAGAAGCGUCAUAGAGCAAGCUAUUAUUACUCUUAAAGAAGAACUGGACUUUGAUUCAAAUGCCAUCAAUGAGCUUCAUUCAGCCAUCUACAUGUUUCAAGAAGCUGUGAACGCAGUAUUGAGGAUGCAUAGCAUAAAACCUCAUUGGAUGUUCGCUUUGGAUAAUUUAGUUAGGAAUGCUGUUCAGGCUGCUAUUACUGUGUUGUCGCCAGAGCUAGGCGCCAACCUAGCGGGCCAGGAGGGUCGUCGCGGCGGCGCGGCGGCGGCCGACGCCACGCCCUCCGCGCUGUCCUCCGAGCACUGCGCCCGCGACGCGCAUGCGCUGCACGACCUGCGCCACGAGAACCACAAAUUACACCAAGAGCUAAUAGAAAGUUACCAGCAGAAUCAGAGUCUGCUGCGACAGAUGUUAGAAGACCAGAAAGCGCACAUGAUGUUACUUAAAGAAAUCGUCGAAAAGAAGUCGAGAAGUGUAACCCCAGAAGUAUUCUCCAGCCAAAGCGAGUUAGACGGUGACGUGACAGACGGGGUCGACGAGACCGAGGCGACAAAACUACGUGAGUGGGUGGCCGCGAGAGGGUUACCCACUGUCGUCGCUAAUGCCUUGCUGCGGCAUUGCUAUGUGUUACCUGAUCUAUUGAUGCAUGCUCAGAGGGAGGAUAUCGCCAGGUUGAAUUUGAAAGGUGGCAUCGAACUCCGACUAUGGCGAGCGAUCCAAGAACACCGCCUACACAACUCCACCCACCUCCGUCGCACAAGCAGCACAGAAACCGACAUAGACACGAAUUCCAUCGUCGUAGUCGACUGCCAACGCUGCAAGGCGAACCGUAGAACUCUCUCGAACAAUUCCACUUGUUCUAACAACCCUACCAUAGUAAUAAGAGACCAGGUGAAUGGAGACGAAACCGUUGCCGAGUACUAUGGCGAAAACGGGGUCGUCAACCUUUGACUACUGCGCGGAUGGUGCACUCUGCAAUAAGGUCUCUUUUGUCACGGCCAGGGGGUGUCAAUCUUUGGUACUACAUGUAGAUUGGUGUUUCCAUAGAUUUAGAAUUGUUCUACCGUUUGAUAGAUCGGCAAUGCGGGACAGAUAACUGUAUAUGUGGUAUGAGCCCAAAAAAUUGAUGCUCUAGACAUGGCCCCAUAUGUAUCAAACGCAAAUUUUAUCCAAAAUAUUCUAUGUUUUAAUAUAGAAUAUCGCGAAUAAAAUUUGUCGCGGGUAAAAUGUUCUACGAUCAAAAUCUAGACGCGCAACAGAUACCCAUUUUUAAGUUGAGGAAAGGAUCACAUAUUUAAUCACACAUGAAAAAGUCACUCUACUAAUCAUUUUUAAUUUCUCUGAUAAUCACUCGAUUGCCGAUAUAUCUUCUAUUCUAUGUCUAUGAGUACUACAAUGUAGAUUUUUUCAGUUAGUAGUUAUGUUGUGCUCAAUACUGAAUAGCAAUACCAUUGACUACUUGGUCGUUUUGUGUUGGUAAAAUGAUAAGCAAUUUUGAGACAAUAUCUUACCAUUAAAUUCUGCAUGUUUUAAAUGUUUGUCAGUGUAAAAGAAAUUUGAAUGAAAGAAUGUCACAAAUGUCGAAAUUGUAUGGUCAUAACAUUAGUGUGCUGUAGCAAUAAUAAAAAUUAACACAAGUAGUUUUGGAAUAUUAUAGUUGUUUACAUGUUCAAAUUGCUAUUUCUAAUAAAAAAUUGUAAUAACACCGCUUGAGGCCUAGAGUGUGUCAUCCGAAUAACAACCGUGUAAAUAUAGCUUCGUAUUUAUUAAUAUAUUGUUACUAGUCUCUGUAAAUAAUUAUAAUUUUCUUGUUGUUAAGCAUAAUAAUAAGGUACCGCUGAACGAAAAUUAAUUUUCGUAGUUUUGCACAAAACAUCGCUUAAAUGGUGCUACCGCGUUGUGAGUCGUUUAGUAACAAGUGCCUUCAAUGUGUUAUUAAAUGAAAAAAGUUAUGCAUAUUAUAAAUAUGUAAUUUAAAUAAUGACUGUCACUAAAUAGAAGAGUUUCUCAAUAUAGACCUGUAGCUUUUUUGCUUUGAUAAUUUCCCGGGAUAUUCUAUCGUACAUUAAUCACAUGAAAAAAGGACUAGUGAUGUCCAAUUAUCGAAACUUUGACUAACGCUGAUCCUUUUGUGUAAUUAAAACACCAUGUUUAAAAUGGUUGAUAGUGGAACAUGAAACGACAGCACUAAAUCAUUGUCGAUAAUUUGCACUACCAGCACUAUAAAUAAAAAUAUUGGAAGACAUCUAGAUGAAAUGUUUCAUGGAAGGUAAAAGUGACUUGUCGGUCUCAAUCUUGUGACAUUUUCAAUUAUUCAUCACCACCUGAAACAUUUCUCUUACAGCAAUUCACCUACAAGCAUUGCUUGCUAUUGCCCCACACUAAAUCGAGUAUACAACACUAUAAGAUAUACAAUAAAUAUAUAUUUAUCCUAAGAAGCUAUGUAACUUCUGAGUGCCAUACGUACAUAUUUUCUUAUAUAAUAAAACUGUAUAUUUUCUUAAGAAUAAUGUUUACUGUUAUUUACUAAAGAUUUUAUUAAAAAACUUAUCAAUAAUCAACGUGAUCUGAAAAAGCUUAAAUAUAAUAAUAAUAAUUCAGAAUUAUUAAUUAUCGCUAGUAUUACUAAGAUAUUGGGUCGGAGUUACGUAACUGAUUAAACGUAUAUAAUGUAAGUCGCAAUGGCUUCUAUAACCAAAUAUGUAAUAAUAUUCAAUGUUUAUUGUCAGUUUGUAAGGGCUAGAAGCUAAUAUAAAUGGUACUACUGUUAUUAAAAUAAAAACUAAAUCUUCGUAUGAAUGGUAAAUUUGUAUAGCAACAAUUGCUCAACAUUUUUGAUCUGCAACGAGAAUGUUGCGUCGGCCGAGAACUUGUCAACUAUUAUUAUGUAUUCUGUAACACGCAAUGUUGCCAGCAAUUUGUUGAUGCAAUUUUGAGUAUAAUCCAAAGUUUACCCUGGAGUAAUAUUUUCUAAUAUUUUGGAAAACAAUGUUUCACUUUGUGAACUAUUAAUCAAGAACCGAUUUUAAUAGUAAUUAUGUUUAAUAGUUCUAGCUCUUCAAAAACUCAAACUAAUGAUCUAUUAUCCUGCUCACAGUAUGCCAUACGCUAACGCAUAUUGUAUAGCGAUUUAACAAUACUCAGUAAUACUGUUGUGAAGUACAAAUACAAUACCUUAUAGAAAUAGAUUACAUCUGUAGUUUCAUAGGUGCAGCCAUACUGUCCUCGAUAUAUCGAUAAUCAAUCGAUAAGGUUGAAUGUAUCGAUUAAAGUUCCGUAAAUGUUCUCACGUAAAUAUGGUCGAUUUUUCUCGAACUACUGCAGUGUAGUUGCACCUUUACAAACAAAACCUACGCUUGGGCUAAACCCCAAUAACUAUGAAUUGUUCUUAGAUUUAUUUAGUAAUAAGUGUUAUUAAAACGUCUCGCGUUAAUUUGAGCUAAAUAGUAGAAAAACUACUAAAAUUAUAGCUUUAAUUUAAUAUCAUUAAAAUUAGGCGUAAAAUUGUUUUGUUUGGUAAUUCGCAGAUAAUUUUUUAUAUUAUAUACCUACCUACAUACUUAUUAAUUAUGUAAGUAAUCAAGUGUAUGCCACUUAUAAAAUUGUUAAAUGAUUCUAUUUUUGGUAUUUAUGAUACCGCUAUCCUAUUAGGAUAGGAUCCUAAUAUGGCUUAAAUUCUUCCAAAACAUUGAUCAAACAAAAAAAAGCAAAUAAAAAUGUAUCCAGUAAGAAAAUUGUUGGCUUUGAGAAAUAAACAUAUAUUUACAAUAUUAUAAAUAUCAUCACACGUAUUCACUUUAUUGAUACUGAAUUUAUAAAACGAGUAUUUAUAUACAUUUAAUAUUUACAUUAAAUCAGUUUUUUUAUAGGACUUAAUCUCAGUUUUGGACCUCGAAGACAAGAUACUGACGAGGUAUUUAUUAUUGUAUAAGAUUUCUUAGAAUUUAUAUUUAUUUAUCUACCUUUAUAUGUUUGCGAAAUAAUUUCUUCGACGAAAUAUUUGCGUUCCCUUUCUUUCAAACAACAUUACGACGUAAAAACAGGCUGUAGGUAUAAUGAAUAUCGAUCCAUCACCUUGAUUAACUAAUUACCUAUUGCUAGGUAACAUCUGCCCAUAUUAUAUAAUAUGAUUUCUUUGAGUAGCUAAUUAAUAAAUAAUUAAUUAUGAAUUGUCUUUUCUUUUACUACACCCACCUCAUUACAGGAUUAAAAACAAAAAGAUCCAAGUUACAAAGGCUGAUAGACAAUCGGUUUACGAAAUAUUUGUUUGGUUAAUGAAAAGUACUCUAAAAUGCAUGGAUUUGAAUUCUUCUACUAAUUAGAAACUAGAGGUAUAAUUUUAUGAACAUCUUUGGAAUGCGCUGGUGAUCUAAUGCUAAUGAUUGCGUUUAAAUGAGAACAGAUGGCGCUGCCUGUCUCGUUUUGCUCUAGAAAGUCUAUUAUAAACUCCAGAAACUAGAAUCAUAAUUAUGCAGUCUGAGUAAAUUGUACAAAAAAAUAAUGUCUGCCUUGAAUGCUUUUGUGGGUAGACUCACGAUAAUCAAUUGAAGCUGUAACUAGCCAUAGUAGCUUUUACCUAAUUAUGUAGCGGAGGGAAGAAAUAAAAAAAAAUAUAGUC